AUGUUUCUCUUGUUUUUGUUAUUAUAAUUGUAAUUCUAUUGAAUAUGGUUAUAUUAUAAUAUUAAUAGAUUUAUUUAUAUUAGAGAUUCAAAAAUAAAAUAAUAUAUAGAAUUGAUAUAUUCUAUUUAAAAAUAAAAAUAAAUCUCAUUUAUUAUCUUUAUUAAUGUUUGGUUUAUUUCGAUUUAAUAAAAUAGUUUUUUAAUAUUGGAAUGAGGGGAAAAAAACUGAUAAAUUAUAUUCGAAAGAUAUAAUAUAUUCAAAGAAUUAUUUUCAAUAGAAAUCGAAAUAACUCGAUCGAUUUAACAUAUAUUAUACGAACGGAAGAUAUUUAUUGAAAUAAAUAAAACUCUUAAAUAAAUAAUGAAAUCUUAUAUUAAUAUAAUAAAUCAUUUCAAUGGUUAGGCUAAUAUUGAUAGAAAUAAGAUUUUAUUUAAUUUAUUUAUUUUAAUUUAAUUGAGUUAACCCUUUGUUGGUGUUUUUUUGUUAAAAAUCUUUCUAUAGUUUUAUAAUGAAAUUAUUUUAUGUUAUUAUUGUCGAGAUUAGAUAAUAAUUAUAUAUUAUUGUUUUUCAUUAAAAAAAACUCUUUAUUUAGAAAUAAAAUAUCAUUUGUUUUGAAGAGUAUUCAAAUUGUUAAAACGAAUUUUUCAAAUUUAACCAAACGUUUUAUAUUAUUUAAAUGGAUUGAAAGAAUGGUUUUCAUAUUCGUAGAAUUAAAAAAAACAAACUUUCAUAUUAAAUCUUUAUUAUUGUUUUUUCAAAGCUAAUUUAAAUAGUUAACUAUCUCCUUGCAUUUGGUCCAAAAUUCGUUAUUUAUUAUAUAAAUCGAUUUCUAGAUGAAUCUAUAUUGAUUAUCUUAUUAUAUAUAAAGAUUGACAGCGAAGAUUAUUUAUUAUUUUAAUAAUCUAUUCUAGAAACAUUAUAUUGACCUGAACAGUUUUGACACAAUUUAUUUCUCUCCACUGAACGAUCGCUAACAAAUGAUUAAUAUUUCAUCUGAUUCGAAUGUGUUUUAUCGAAAAUCUGUUUUUAACUGCUAGAUAGAAAUGUUCUAUAAGACGAAAUAAUGAUAAAAUAGUUCGAAUUAUCGAUUAAAAAUUUCUAAGGAAAUAAAUUUAAUCGAUCCGUAUAAAAAUGUUUUGAAAAUAAAUUUAUUUGAAUAGGAUAUUUAUCGAUAUGGUUAAACAAAGAAAUUCGAAAAUAAAAAAUGAAAAUAUUUUGUUUUUUUUAUAUUUAUUAAUAUAGAAGUGAUGAUGUACCUGAUUAAUACAAUCGAGUUCGUUAUAUUCCAGAUUCUUGUAAAGUAUUGUCUGAUCUUUGGAAAAUAAAUAAAGAUUUUGUAAGUUAAAUAAAAGUAUUGAUAAGAAUGUAUCAAAAUCAUUGAAAGAAUUUCGUUUGAGUGAUGUUGCACGUUGUUAUCGCUCUCCAUAUAGAACAAAUGGUGCUUUAUCGAUUUUAAAUCAAACAGUUGAUGAUUUAAUUCAAAUACAUGAUUUUAUUGAUUCAAAAAGAAAAGAAUGGCUUAAACAAUUUAAAAAGAUUAUUGAACAAGCUAGAGAUAAACAAUCAACUGUUCGUCAAACAAUGACUGAACUAAGAGAUAAUUAUGAAAAAGCUCAACGAAAAUUAGAAACAGCUGAUGCCAAUUUAAAAAAAAAUGUUUUAAUGAUUCUUUGA